AUGGUGUUUGGAGUAUACACGGGGCCUCAGGAGCCGCAAAAGCCCCUCGCCCUUCUCUCCCAGGAGGAGCAAGCUGACCUCGGUGCAAGGAAAAUGAUCGAGUUCAUGCAAUCUUGUCCAGGAAAAACUGCCAUGGCUGGAGUGUCUGGAUUUGCUCUUGGUGGUUUCUUUGGUUUGUUCAUGGCCUCGAUGGCAUACGAUGUUCCUGUUGGAACCUCCCAGGUCAGUCACAUCAGCGAAUUGCCGUUCAAGCAGCAGAUGAAACUUCAGUUCUCCGAUAUGGGAAGACGCUCCUGGAACUCGGCAAAGAACUUUGGUUACAUUGGUAUGAUCUACUCGGGUGUCGAAUGUUCCAUCGAGAGCUUGAGAGCAAAACACGAUAUUUAUAAUGGUGUCGCUGCCGGCUGCAUCACCGGUGCGGGCUUGUCCAUAAAGGCUGGUCCACAAGCGGCUCUUUUUGGCUGUGCUGGUUUCGCCGUAUUCUCUACUGCCAUCGAUCUCUACAUGAGAUCAGAGAGUGCUGCGCCACCACGUAACGACUAUGACGAAUAA